GCUUGUACAAUAAAGCUUUAGGUAUUUCAAUAGGUGCUAGCAACACCAUUGUCAAUUAAAUUCCAGGAUAUAUAUAUAUAUAUACAGUAUAUAAAACAAAUGGUUUUCAGAUUAAAGCAUCUAUAGGAAGAAAAAAUAUAAAGUUGUACGGUUUGGUUUAUGGCUGAUGGUUUAUUUGUUUCACAACCUUUAUUAAAGGACAUCGCAAAAUACAAUUCCUUUACAAAUAUUCAGCUGCAGAUUGGCUUGACACAUGACCAUUAAAAUACUUAACCGUAUAAAUAUAUUAAGAGUAGACUAACAGAGGGUGUCUAUUAGAGAAAUCGCAAUAAUCGCAAUAAUCUCAAACAUCAUGUGAGGAUAUUAUGGUUGUGUCAUAAGACCAUUAGUGUCUGUAAAUGAUCUUCUAAUGGUAUUGUAGAUAAGGCCGCACCCCUCACAGGAAGUACAAAUAGAUCUCUGCCUUACAGCUCCUCACAAACUCAGUAUCACCUUCAGUACCACACGUCCCAUAGGUAGCACCACAUCAUAUGGAGAUGGAGUCUGAGAUAGAACGUGGUCACAGCAAGCAAGAUCUAAUCAAUGAGAGUAAAGGAGGUCUAGGCUGCUGCGGAUGGUUUAUUGUGGUGAUCUCUGCCUUUUUCAACAUCUUGAUAUUUCCAAUCAGCAUUUUCAUGAGCAUUAAGAUUGUGAAAGAAUAUGAACGCGCUGUCAUAUUUAGACUGGGACGGAUAACAGCCAGAAAAGCGAAAGGACCAGGAAUCUUUUUUGUCAUUCCUUGCACGGACUCCUUUAUCAAAGUCGAUCUGAGGACCAUCUCAUUUGACAUUCCUCCGCAAGAGAUCUUGACCAAAGACUCAGUGACAGUCUCUGUGGAUGGUGUGGUAUACUUCCGUGUAAGUGACCCAAUUGCAUCUGUGGCAAACAUUACCAAUGCCGAUUUCGCAACCCGUCUACUGGCCCAGACCACUUUGAGGAACGUACUGGGCACCAAGAACCUGUCCGAGGUGCUUUCUGAUCGAGAGCACAUCUCUCAGAGUAUGCAGACGACUCUAGAUGAGGCAACAGACUCAUGGGGUAUUAAAGUGGAGCGAGUGGAGAUUAAAGAUGUUAAAUUGCCCCAGCAGCUGCAGAGAGCCAUGGCCGCUGAGGCAGAAGCAAGCCGUGAGGCCAGAGCUAGGGUUAUCGCAGCAGAGGGAGAAGUGAACGCAUCCAGGGCUCUGAAGGAGGCGUCUUUGGUGAUCGCAGAGUCUCCAUCGGCCCUUCAGCUGAGAUAUCUUCAAACCCUGAGCACCAUUGCAGCCGAGAGGAACUCCACCAUCAUAUUCCCUCUGCCCAUUGAUAUGAUGAGCCACUUCAUGUCAAAGAAGUGAUCGCAGGAAUGUUUUUAUGGAUUUAUUUACAGAUAUUUAAAAGAAUAAUUUAUUUCCAAAUCUUUAAUAAUUUUCUAAAAUAGCAUGU